GCAACACCGCUUCUUCUUCUUCACUCAUCUCAGAGCCACUGAGGUUCUAGAGCGAGAGAGAAGCUCCUGCCGGCGGAGGCGAGCUAGGGUUUCGCCAUGGACGCUUUCUUAUUCGAUGAAUCGGAGAACAGCGGAGCUGGAGGUGCUACAACUAAGAAGGAGAAGAAGGGAAAGGGGUGUCUAGCUGGGAGUGCGAGGAAGACACUUGGUGAUAUAAGUAACAUUCAGCAGCGCCAAAAUAAACUAGCUAUCCAGCAUGUAAAGCAGGAGUUUGAUUCACUUACCACGAAGAAGUAUGUUGAGAAUCUGACCAAGGAAAAUAUGGCACUGAUGAAACUUCUUUCAGACAGAAAUAAAGUUAUUGAACUGAGCAGAACAGAGUUACAGAACUUGAGAGCCAAUCUUGAGAAAGUGCAGCAACAGAAUUCUCAACUUGCUUAUGCUAACAGCCAAAUGUUAGCGGAAGUCACUUCAAGUCGAGAUAGGCUAAGGGUACUUCAACAUGCACUUGGAUGCCAAAAUGCCUUGCUCAAAGUGAAGAAAGUGGAGGAAAAGGCAAAAACCAAACGAGUAAGAAAUCAAUAUAUGACAAAUGUGGAGGUAGGUUCAGCUAAGUGUGUUGAACCAGAUGAAUAUGCACAAGCUAUCAAUGAAAAUUUUAAUACUAACAGGAAAUGGCAACCACAAAAUCUAGCAUUAGGCCCUCCUAUUGUUGAAGCCAUCCAAAACAACGAGAAGGCUGACAACAAAAGACGAACGAGAAGGCAAUCUGCAAUCUUUGAAAUGGAAGACCAGGAAACAACUGUAGACUCAUUCGAGAUAAAAGAUGACAAUAAAAGACGGUUGAGAAGGCAAUUGGCAAGUGCUAAAACCGAAGAACCACAAGCAACUGAAGACUUGUCUGAGAGUAAAAAUGAGAACAUAAGAAUUUUGAGAAGGCAAUCUGCAAGGUUUAAAACUGAAAAGCCAGAAGUAAUUGAAGAAACAAAAGUUACUGAGGGCUUAUGUGAGAUCAAUGAUGACAAUUUUCUUGUCUCUCCUUUGUGUGGUGAUGUGGUUCAUGUAAGUGACUCGACACUUUCAUUAGUGAAAACUGAGGAUGGGGAAAGAUCUGAAGAACAAGAAUCUCAAAAAUCAUCUACAAGGCCACUGCGCCGAGCAGCUGAGAAGGUUAAGUCAUACAAGGAAAUUCCAAUCAAUGUGAAGAUGCGCCGAGGUGACAAUCUGACGACAUUAAUUGGCAGCUGAGAAGGUAAGUAGUCAAUUUACAAGUCCUGUUCUAUGUGUUUUUUGUGUAGCUGCAUUAUACAAAUAAAUCCUUGAAAGGACAGAUGCUUCUAACAACGUAAAGAUUGAAGAUGAUAGUUGAGAGAUGAUUUGUUCAUUCAUAACGUUGUAAAAGCUAAGCACCGAGAAAACAACUUAGUUAUUAUACAUCUGAGUAUGAAUUUCUAUGAUCUUUCUCUCUCUCAUGAUUGUUUAUUGCCUAAUCUAUUCCAUAGUUACUGGAAAGUCGAAAUGAUAUCAUUAUUGUGAAUUGCUUAUGGUGAUUUGUGGUAAUUUGGACGUGUUUCACUGUGAAUAGUAGAAAUUUAUUAUCCGAUAGCAUUGAUCUAUUUAUUGUUUGAAAAAUUAAAAUGAAUA